GUCGCUAAGCGGCGCUGUGCUGAUUUUGACUAUUAAUGCCUGGGUAUGAAUUUCGCGCGAAAUAAGUAAUAUUCCUCGCGGUAGCUUGUGGGACUGUGUGACUGAAACAAAAACAAGCACAUUUUCAUUGAUUUCUUGAGGUCGAAGAAUUCAUCACUAUGGGAAUUCACGGACUUGCAAAGCUCAUUGCAGAUCACGCGCCUUCAGCUAUCAAGGAGCAAGACAUGAAGAACUUCUUUGGACGGAAGAUUGCCAUUGAUGCAUCCAUGUGCAUGUAUCAAUUCUUGAUCGCGGUCAGACAGGACGGUAAUGUUUUGCAGAAUGAAGAUGGAGAGACCACUAGUCACCUCAUGGGCAUGUUCUACAGGACCAUCCGUAUACUGGAGAGUGGUAUCAAGCCGGUUUACGUGUUUGAUGGUAAACCUCCUCAGCUGAAGUCAGGAGAGCUGGAGAAGAGAGGAGAGAGACGAGCAGAGGCUGAGAAACUUCUAGCUCAGGCACAAGAAGCAGGUGAACAAGAGAACAUUGACAAGUUUAGCAAGCGACUAGUGAAGGUUACCAAACAGCACAAUGAGGAAUGCAAGAGGCUGCUUACUUUAAUGGGUGUGCCGUACAUCGAGGCUCCAUGUGAAGCUGAGGCUAGCUGUGCUGCUCUGGUGAAGACAGGGAAGGUGUACGCCACAGCGACGGAAGAUAUGGACGGUCUGACAUUUGGAACCUCAGUCCUGCUGAGGCACUUAACAGCCAGUGAAGCAAAAAAGCUUCCAAUCCAGGAGUUUCAUUUCAGUCGAAUUCUGCAGGAAAUGGAUAUGACACACCAGCAGUUUAUUGACCUAUGUAUCCUGCUGGGAUGUGACUACUGUGGUACUAUAAAGGGAAUCGGGCCCAAGAGAGCAAUCGACCUUAUUAAACAGCACGGCUCUAUUGAAGAGAUUCUCGAUAACAUCGACCCAAAUAAGCACCCAGCACCAGAGGAGUGGCUGUAUAAAGAGGCUCGAGAUCUCUUCUUAGAACCCGAGGUUGUGGACUGCGGUACUGUUGAGCUCAAGUGGAACGAACCGGAUGAGGAUGGACUGAUUCAGUUUAUGUGUGCUGAGAAGCAGUUCAGUGAAGACCGUAUUCGCAACGGCUGCAAGAAGAUCACGAAGAGCAGACAAGGAAGCACACAGGGCAGACUCGACACAUUCUUCACGGUUACUGGAUCAAUCUCCUCCAAACGCAAGGAGCCAGAAAAAAAGGGCUCUGCCAAGAAGAAACAGAAGACAAGUGCUACACCAGGCAAAUUCAAGAAGGGCAAAUAAAAUUUCAUGUUGAGGAACAAAACACAUUAACAACGUUAUCCCAGAAAGUUUUAACAGACUUUGAAUCCAUGAAAUGUUUUAAAUGCCCUGUUUUCUGUGUGCUGUUAUCUUAAAAUAAAGAAUUAUUUAAUGGUUGAAAA